CGGACGCGGUGGAGGGAAGAUGGCGGCCGCCGUGGAGAGCUCACGAGGGCAGGAGGCAACGGGCGAGGAGGCGGCCAGCGAUUCUGAGAUAAGCUCAGGACUUCCAGAUGACAGCUUCUCUUCUGGGGAUGAAGCCUUGGAUGGAGAUGAUGAGGAUGAAGCAGCAGUUGGUGGGCAUGUGGCUGAAGAGACAGCAAAUUCCAAAGCUGGUCCAGGUUCAGGCUGGGCAGAUGCAAUGGCAAAAGUACUCAACAAAAAGAUACCACAGAAUAAGUCCAUCAUCUUGGCCAAGAAUAAAAAACUGGAGAAGGAGAGAGAAAAGGAGAAACAGGAAAGACUGGAGAAGAGGAGGAAGCUUGAUAAAAAGCGGGAGUGGGAAAUGAUGUGCCGAGUGAAGCCAGAUGUUGUCAAAGACAGAGACAGAGAGAGAAAUCUUCAGAGAAUUGCAACAAGAGGUGUUGUGCAGUUAUUUAAUGCUGUCAGGACACACCAAAAGAAUGUUGAUGAGAAGGUGAAGAAAGGUGCGAAAUCUGAAAGGCAACGUGCUAAACUGCUGUCAUCAGUUUCAAAGAAAGAUUUCAUCAAUGUUUUAAGAAGCAUGGACGGUGCUAAAGGAAACCAUAACUCUGAUAGAAAGGCUGCAAAAAGUAAACAGGGUGGAGUAAAGUCUGAAGACGGACCAGAAUGGAAUAUACUGCGUGAUGACUUCAUGAUGGGAGCAUCUAUGAAAGACUGGGAUAAGGAAAGUGAUGGAGAAGGCAGUAUUGAACAAGGAGGUGGUUUAAAACAAGAAGAUGACAGUGACUGAAUGAAACUGAAAGCAUUUCAAGAUACUUUAUUUUUCUUUAUUUGGAUUAAAAAUCAACAUUCUAUGAAUGUACAAUACUUGGAGGCUGUCUCUUCUUAAAGAGUCUUGUACAACUCGAGUUUUUCUUUUUCCACAGUGUCCAGCUUUUUAAAUAUAGCUUCAUUUGCUGUACUGAAAUCCUGAAAUAUUUUUCAAAACAUGUAUAAUUUUCAACGUAUUUCCAAAACAUUUUGUGCAGUCAAAAUAGUGGCACUUGCCCAACAAAAGAUGAAUUUUGCCAAGGUCAUUAAAAGUUUAUACAUUCGUCAUGGCAAUUGAUGUAUUAGUGUGCCUGCAUUUCCAAAUCAGUGUUACACUUUGAAAAGUUGUUAGCAAUUCACGGUAGAAAUGGCUUACAAUAAAAACAGAAAUGCUGUCACCUUGUAAAGUUAUCAGGCUCCUAUAGAGCCUUUAUUACUUUGGUUAGGAAAGGCUUCAUAGAUAAUAAAGAGAAGUAACCAUUAAUGUGAUAGUUCUGGUCUUGAAGCGUUAAUCUGAUUGAAGAUAACUAUGGAAACAUAUUUGUAAAAUGAAUCUUGACCCUACUGAUUGGCUUUGUGUAUAUGUAUAUACAUAUAAAAAAGUAGGUAUAAAAGUGUACAUAUGUAUGUAUGUUUUUCCACUGUAAGCUUGAAGUUACAUGUGUUAAGAGACCAGUAAGAGGAAGAGACAGUCAUUGCUAUUGUGUUUGUUAGAGCAGAAAAGUCUUUUCUAGCAACACUGUAUAAAAUUGUAUUUAGUGUUGCUUCCUUUGCAGUUCUGGUGCUCUGGUCUUUUUCUGUAGGGAACCGGACCUCUGAGACACACUCUGGGUUUAGUCAACUGUAAUGCUAAUUCCUCAGGUCUGCAGAGGGUCAAACAAAAGCCCUUUCUCUUAAGUGCAUACUGUAAGGAUACCAAAUGUUGGCUUUGAUUGUGCCACACCAGUUUCUUCUGAUAGAUUGUUGGGUUGCAAAGGUGCAGAGGCUAACUGCGUAAUGCAAGUACUUCAUAUGUAAGCAGAUGUAUACAGAAAGAAUAGGAUGGUGCUUAAGGAGUUUUAGAUGAGAGGCUGGGUCUGAAUUCUGCCUCCUUUGUUUUGGAUUCUCUUUCUAACGCAUUUCUGUUUGCUAUGUGAAGAGAAUGCUUUGAGGCCUAUUAAUUGAUGCUUUAUAUGAACAGUAGUAUUCUGUCUGUGUCUACAUUUUCUUUCAUGCAGACCUUUCUUUGUAACUGCUUAUGUCCAAUAUAUGAUUAGGAGAGCCUUAAAUUUUCACUCUUCCACACUGAAAUGUGUGGUAAGAUGGUGGAUUUAGUUUUUUUAAUGUAAGCAUUGAGAAGGGCAGGGGGGGUGAACUAUGUGUAAAUUAUAGCUUAAAAAUAUACAUUCAAAAUGAUACAGGGAAACCCAUCCUAACAACUGGCAGUGGUUGUGUUAUCUCUAGCCUAUUCAUCUGGUAUACAUUGUAGCAUAAUUCUUUGAGGAGAACUCAAAGCUAACAGCAGAAAUGUUUAGAUUUUCAAGCUGCUUUGAGUGUUAAACAUAUUAGAUAUCUGCGUAGACAUUAGUUUGUGGCCUGAUAUUUAUUAUCACAAAUGAAGGCAUACACCCAAAAUAUCAAGUGGCAAAACCACAGAAGUUUGACAUAUGGUUAUCCUAGCUUCUGAAGGUUAGACAUCUGUACAGCUGUUUAGCUAGAGCUGGCAUCUCAUAGAGCAAUACAAAAAUGUACUACACUGAAUUGUGAGUUGAUAAAACAGCAUAAUAGUCUAAUCUGACAUUGUUUUCUUUCUGUAGAGUUUAGUUACUUUAUGCAGAAAAACUAUAUCAGCACCUUUAAAUCUGCAGUCACUAGGUUAAUAUCAGUGGUCCCUGUUUGAGAUCAAGCUGUUAAAAAUUAUGCUAGUUUUACUUAGAAACUGUAAUUUCCUGAGGUGACUUUCAGAAUACUUAUGGAAUACUCAGAUGUUUGUAGAUUUUAUAAUUAAUUUGCUUAUCUUGAGCUUCCAUUUCUUUUUAAAGUGCACAGCAGUGCUUAAGUAUUUUGCCUGUAGGUUGAGUGUUUCUUGCCUUUUAAGAGGCAUAACAGACUUUCAUAUUGGAUAAUUUUAUAAUUCUGAUACUGUGCCUUGCCCUUUGGUUGUGCCCUAUGCAGAGAAGCUUCUAUAGUGACUUAAACAGGUAAGUAAUUCCAAAAGAUAAGCUUAGGAGUUUUGUGGCAGAUGAAAGCAGUAUAAUUUAAUUUUAGGCUGAUUUAUUUCACAAGUUUGACUAACAAGUCUAAAGUACUAAACCCUGUUUGGCCUGGAGAUCUUCCAGUCUCCCUUUUUGAUAGCAGGAUCAGCUGUCUCACCUGCUUUCCUAUAACCUUUACAGUAAUAUUCUUUUAAAGCUAUCAAAAAGGAAGAACAGCCUUUAGCAGCUUUUCCCAGCCAUCGCAGCUCUCAGUCUAUUUUGCCUGCUCCCAUGAAUAUCUCUGCUUAGGCAGAGCUGUGCUGCUGCCCUUCAUUCCAGAGAGCAUGAAUCAUCUUGACUUUGUAUAUUUCUGUACCUAUCUAUAUAAAGUCAAUAAAGAUGGGGUGGUUCCAGUUUUGUUAGGCUUCAAGCCAACUCUAGAGUAUGUAGAGUUUAAUAUUCUGUGAGUUGCAUGCAAGUAACAAGGUUUUGUUUAAUCAGAGAAGGCAUUGGGUCAGCUCUUCCCAUGUCUGCUCUCCUUUCUAGUUUCUCAGCAAGGAAAGCAUGAUUUGGCCUAUGGAAAAAAAGACCUUUUCUUCCAGUCUGCUGCUAAGGAAAGACUAGUGGUGGAAGAUUAUUGUGCCUGAUGCUGCUGCACCACCUAGUCUUCCCUGCGGAAACAGGGGGUGAGGUCCCACUUCUGCUUUGAGGCAGCUCCUCCUGGGGUUCACAAACUGAGAAGAGCAAAAGAACUGGAAACUACUUCCUAGCGGGGGUAGGGAGGUAAGAUGGUUCUUUUUAUUUCAGUUGUUUGGAGGCCAUAAAAGUGUUUAUCUGAAGUUUCCAGAAGAAGGUGGUUUGUAAAGCUGCACCUGUUCAGAGCUGGCUUGGUAGCUGUCUUAAAGGAGGAAAGAAGAAGUCAUCUGGCACACAAUACUGCACAACUUAAAAUGACAAACUCCUCAUUCUAUUAAGCUUGGAUUAAAUAGAUGGAAUCCCACUGCUAAAUAAGACAUUAAACUCAGACUCUGGGUCUAAGAUGUGGGAGACGGGACAAAUUCUUGGUUAACAGAUGGUGGAAGGCCGUCUGUCUCCUUUGCUAUUAUCCUAAAGUAAUAGCUAUUAACCUCUGGCAGUAUGUAAACCUAAAAGGUUUCAGCUCUAUAGAUGACCAAGCAGAUAAGGGCUUUUCCUUGGUCAUUCUUAAUCAGAUACAGAGUAGUGGAUACUUCUUAGACAAAGCGUUUUUGGUUUUGAAUGUAUCUUCGUAAUUGCUUUUCUCUCUUAAGGAACAUGUUGAAAUAAAAAUCUGGCCAGAUUAGCUUCAGCACCAAAGAUGCUUGUCCUGGCGUAAUGCUUCAACCUUGGAAAUGAUUUCUGUUUAAACCCUUGUGUUUGUCAGAUAAUGAAUUAUGCUUUCUUCAAGCUUUCCUGUGUGACCACAUGAGUACAGAUUACUUCUGAGAAACACUUUGGAAGGUGAUUUUAGGAGAAAGUAUUAUUUCCUCAUAAUGUCUCAAUCAUUCAAAUAGCCCAUCUUCCUGUGUCAGUGAGCGAACUCUUUAAGUCUUAUUUUCAACAUUUUCACUGUUUCUUAGUUCUGUUUUUGGUAUGUGUGAUGUUAACUUGUGAGCCACUAGCCCAGAUCAGAUUUAUGUUGAGAUUUGAUACAAUUUCUUGCAGAUAAAUGUUCUCAGAAGUAGCUAGUUAAAAACAGCCUUAUAUUUUGUGCAUUGUGUCCAGGAACAAAUUCUGGACUUCAUCCAUUUUAGAAAGGGUGCCUGAAGUUGGGCACAUGAAAGCAUGAAAACUCUCUCUAUCGGGCUGGGUACCAGAGCUUACUGCUCUGGUAUAGACUUCAGUAUAUCUGCACAAACUGUACGUACUCUGACCACCUCACUGUGCUGCUUAGAGAGGAGGGUUAAUCUUGGAGAUUGUGUUAGGGACUAGGACUUACAAGACAUAGAACACCUUUCUCAUGAUAUUCCAGUGCAACCAGGUGAGGCCAAGGCUGCCAGUACUAUCAUUGUUCUCUCCAUCUGCUGUGUUCAUUACGUUUAUUGUACAUUUUAUUUUAUUUUUAUUACAGUUUUUGGUGUCACUGUCUAGAAAUAAAGUAGAAGCAAAAUAUAUUCUAUAUAAAGAUCAUUCAAGUAAGAAGGGAAUUGAAUUACCUGUGUUUUCCUGUAGCAUCAAUAUUUUUUCUUAGCAGAGGCAGAAUGUUCCUAAUUCACUUUAGCUAAUGAGAAUUCAACAAUUAUGUUGAAGCACAAUACUGAACCACCUGCAUAAUGACUUUUUAAAUUAUUAUUACUGUAUUGCAGGAUUAAGUUUUGGUUUCUUGUUCCAGUGGUGAUGUGUGUGCUGUCUCUGCAUGUUGCCAUUUUAAAAUAGCUAACGUCAUAAGAAAGCUGCUAUUAUUUGAGGUUAAUAUAAUCAAAAUUACCUACCAAACUGGGGAUAAAUCUGCAGCAAAUACUGUGCAGUUCCUUCCCUCCUUUUGCAUUCUGCUGUCAGUGUGCAGAUAGCUUGCCACUGGCCUGCUGGAUUUGACCUCUGAAGGCCAACGGCAUUUGAUGAAAUCUUGUAGAAGGCAAUGACUUCUAGGUGGCCUAGUCUAGAUCUGGCUCAGAAAUCAUCUGGAUUUGGGUCUAAAUUGCCACUAUCACAGAAUUAAUCAAUGCUUACUUAUAAACUAAUGUAAAACUGAGGCUCAUGGUAUCCCUAGCCAUGUGUGGAGCAGUGUUGUGGCUCUAGGGGGACAAGCUCAGGAUGCCAAUUCUCCUGGUGCUGGUACCCUACAGAGCAGCCCUCAGGAUAACAGAAUUGUAUCAGCCUCAUAUAGACCUCUUCUGUAGAGAGAGAGGAAUCCCAGCUAAGCUGAAAUGAAGCUUUAUGAAGGGCCACUCAAGAAUAUUAAUUUCAGUAGCCAAGAAUAGAUAGGUUUAAAAACGUACAAUGUUGGAACAAGAGGCAAGAGAGGCAAUACAAAGACUUCUCUGGAACUUGUGUGAGUGCAGCAGAAAACCUUAAUAAAAAAACCUUUCUUUCUGGCAUAAUUGAAAACAAAGAACUGCUUUCUGAAAACUCAUUAGGAUUAUCUUAAACGUGUGUGCUUAAAAUACAUUAGACAAGGAAAUUCUGAAGCGGCAUUGACUUAUUAAAGCUUUUCUUCUAUGUGGACUUCACCAGCAGCUUGUGAAGAAGCCAGAACUCCAGUCCCAAGGCUGUCUGGCUCUCACUAGGCUAAAUAUUGCAUUACUGCCUGGCCCAUUUUUUGAAUUUGCUGCCAAUUAAUCUUGUUCUAUAUGUAAUCUCCUUAAACUCUCUGAAGUGCAGUGUAGAUGCGUAUUCUAACUCAAGUUGCAUCAUUUUAAUUUCCUGAAUAGACUCCUGUAGAUUCUCUGCUAGGAAUAUAGUAUUUAUAGGUAUCAUUUGUAUGUUAUUUAGUGGGGCAUAACCCAAAUCAUCAUCAAGUGGUUCAAAAAUAGCAUACAACAGCUGUAAUGCUGAGAAUGAGGUGCAGGUCAGGGGUUCAAACACAGGGAUUAAAGAGAUGGCUUCUGCUCUAUUGUCUUUAUUUUGUUGUACUUGCUGUAAGUGGAUGUCAAGACCCUGUGGUACAUAAACCGCUGUGCUUCUCCA